AUGUUAUCGUCGCCAACAACCCCAAUUGCUCCUACUACAUCUUCAACUAUUUCAAAUGUUUCUGCAACAUCUUCAACCACUCCAAAUGCUUCUGUUGCUCAAAAUGUUUCUAAUGCUUCUUAUUCUGCCGCACAACAAUAUUCUGCUACAUAA